AUGACUCGUAAAAUAUUCAUCGAAUUUUGUCAUUAUCUUUAUUUUUCAACGCACUUGAAUAUCCAGAAUUUUUUCAACUUGGUGGAUUGCUUGUGUAGCUUUGUGGCGUACGCCAAAGUGCUCAUUAAACUCGUUGCGUUUUGGGUAAAUCAGCGAAAACUCGUGGAAACUUUGACGUUAAUCAUGGACGACUGGAGCAAUUGUGCUAAGAGUGACAUUGGGGUGACGAUGCAUAAGGCAAAAUUAUCGGAUCGUAUCACUAACACAAUACUUAUUCUUCAUACGAUGUCUAUUGUUGGUUAUUGUCUUGGAGUCAUCAUAGUUGAUGCUGAUGUUACCGAUCAAACCAUUGAAUUGCCUUUCGCCAGCAAGUUAACACUUCCUUUCAACAUUAACAUCCAGAAUACAUAUAGACUUAUAUUAAUCGCGGAAUUCGUGCAUAUGAUCUUUUGUAACUGGUUAUUAGGUAUUGUAAAUGCCAUACUUUUAACUUUGGUUUUGCAUAUGGGAGGUCAAGUGGAGAUUCUACAAAGCUGGUUAUCACAGCUUGUACCCAAAAAGAUUGGAAAUAAGGAAGAAUCAAUUGUCACCUUGACAAAUAAAAUUAUUCGAAAGCAUAACAGAAUUAUACAAUUUUCAGAAAAUAUUGAGAUUUUAUAUACAUACAUCGCGCUGUUGCUAUUUGCAUCGAAUACAAUAUUAAUGUGUUCGAUAGCUUUUCUCAUUGUAACCGCUAUUGGCACUCCUGAUGCUACAGAACAGAUUUUAAAAUCUAUUUUAUUUUUCUGGAAUACAAAUCUCGAAGCCUUUAUAUUUUGCUACGCUGGAGAAUAUCUAAGCAAUAAGAGCAGAGCCAUCGAAUUUGCAACAUAUAAUUGUCCGUGGUACAAUUUAAAAUCUAAAGAUAUUCGUAUAUUGUUAUUUAUAAUAUUAAGAUCCCAGAAAGAAAUGACACUCACAGCUGGCAAGAUAAUGGAUCUCUCCUUAAAAUCUUUUACAAGCAUCAUGAAUACUUCAGGAUCCUAUCUAUCAGUAAUGUUGGCGAUGCAAUGA